AUGGAUGAGCCACCUAAUCGAAGCAUCUCGAAAGCAAACAAAGCCGACGAAGUGUCCGCUCUGCUCCUUUCAAAGGACGAGCAGCGCGUCCUAGCUCUUUACGAUGAACUUCGCGACCUCGAGAUCAAGGUCGCCUUGGUGAAGGCGCAAAAGAGCCAUGUCUCAGACUCAACAACGCCAAGCACAGAAGAAAACGUUAGAAAGGCCCAGCAGGACGCGUCAACGGCGCGUGCGGGAUGGCUUCUACGGAACAACAUUACAGACAGCGUCAUGACUGCCAACCCCAUGCUUAAAGCCGUUCAUGGGAGUACACAGUCAACGCCCAUUGAAACUGACCUCCUACCACACAUCCACUCCCGCGACAAUGUCUCCGUCGCCCUCGCCAACAAAUCAAACGAUAUCCGCAGCCUUGUCAAUCAGCUGACCGAGGUGGAAGCCGAGAGUCUGCGAGUCGGCCGGAAAAACGUCGAGCUCACGGCCGAGAUCCUCAAGCUCACCAAGGACGCGGAAAAGAGAAGAGCGGGCGAGGCCGACGACCCCGCCGUACAGGCGGAGAUGGCCAGACUCCAGGCCGAUUUGAAGGCGAGCAGACAGCGGUGGAAAGUCAUGAAAGGCACGGCUAGCGCUGUUGUCGUCGGCAGCGGCGUGGACUGGUCCAGAGACGAAGCGCUGCAGGACGUGGUGUUAGACCCCGAAGAUGACGAAUAA